UGUGGCGCACCCACAUCCGCACGCCCACGGCCCACCGGUGCCGCACGGCCACGGCCACCCGCACCCGCACCACCACAUGCCGCAGCCGCGGUGGGUCGUCCUCCCCUACCCCCCGCCGCCGCCGAUGGUGGCCGCGCCCCCGCCUCCUCCGCCGCAGUACGUCAAGCAUUUCGCGCCGCCGGCCUCGGUCACUCCGCCUCCGCCAUCGGCUGGAUCCGGCGGGAACGGGGGUGACGAGAACCGGACGAUCUGGGUCGGCGACCUCCAGUACUGGAUGGACGAGAACUACCUCCACAGCUGCUUCGGCCCAAGCGGCGAGGUGGUGACAAUUAAAGUUAUUCGCAAUAGGCAUUCUGGAGUUUCUGAGGGUUAUGGUUUUGUAGAGUUCUGUUCCCAUGCAUCAGCAGAGAAAGCACUUCAGAAUUUUGCCGGUCAUGUAAUGCCUAAUACUGACCGAGCUUUUAAGUUAAAUUGGGCAUCAUAUAGUGUGGGAGAAAAACGCUCCGAACUUGCUUCUGAUCACUCAAUUUUUGUUGGUGAUCUAGCUGUUGAUGUUACCGAUGAAAUGUUGAUGGAACUUUUUGCUAACAAAUAUCGAUCUGUGAAAGGAGCUAAAGUUAUUAUUGAUGCAAACACGGGCCGUUCUAGGGGAUACGGGUUUGUUAGGUUUGGAGAUGAUAAUGACAAAACUCAUGCCAUGACUGAAAUGAAUGGUGUAUAUUGCUCCACUCGGCCAAUUCGCAUAGGACCUGCAACUCCUAGAAGAACUACAGGUGAUUCUGGCUCCUCUCCACCAAGGCAAUCAGAUGGGGACUCGACUAACAAGACAGUAUAUGUUGGUGGGCUUGACCCCAAUGUCAGUGAAGAUGAACUAAGGAAAGCAUUUGCAAAGUAUGGCGAUGUUGCCUCUGUCAAAAUUCCUGUUGGGAAACAGUGUGGCUUUGUUCAAUUUGUCAACAGAGCUGAUGCAGAAGAAGCACUACAAGGGUUGAGUGGAUCAACAAUUGGGAAACAGGCAGUUCGUCUUUCUUGGGGACGCAGUCCAGCAAGCAAACAGUCUAGGGGUGAUUCUGGCCACAGACGGAAUGGCAUGUACUAUGGAACGCCAUUCUAUGGUGGAUAUGGCUACGGGUCGCCAGUUCCCCACCCAAACAUGUAUGCUGCGGCCUAUGGAGCCUACCCUUUCUACGGUAACCAGCAACUAGUGAGCUGACGAGAGAGGUUGUCUCUGUUUCCUCCAAUGGAAAACAAGGUUUUGGUCCAGUAAGCAUAGUAGCGUAUGAUGACAUAUUAUAGAUGGCCAUAAAAGUGGGCGAGAGAGACAGGUAUAUGAAUGUGAUGUCUGCAGAUUUGUGCUGCUAGUAGAACCUAAGGCUUGUAGACAAUAAAGAGCUAUUCGUAUUCUUUUUAAGAAAUUUUGACUUGGUAAUAAAACUAUCAGUUGUACGUCCAA